AAUAAACCUGUGUUUCCACAAGCUGCCCUGAGCACGUUCAGUUAAACGGUAGCUAUUAGUGGAAUGAAAGACAGCGCGUGCGUAAGGAGACUCCUGGCGUUUUAAACAGCCGGGCGGCGCGUUUGAGAAGCAGUUCUCUCACUGUGCAGAAGAGCAAGUUAACAUAAGCUACAGCAAAUAACCAAAUGGCUGAAAAUAAUUUCCCACCUCUGCCUGGGUUCAUCCCACUGAAGCCAUGCUUCUACCAGGACUUUGAGGAGAUCCCAGACCAGCACAGAACGAUGUGCAAGAGGCUGUACUACCUGUGGAUCUUAUACAGUGCUACUCUGGCGGUGAAUUUCUUUGGCUGUAUGGCGUGGAUGUUCGGUGGAGGGGGCGUGACUAACUUCGGCAUGUCCAUCAUCUGGCUGAUCCUCUUCACACCAUGCUCCUACGUGUGCUGGUUCAGACCCAUCUACAAGGCCUUCAAGACAGAUAGCUCGUUCAACUUCAUGGCUUUCUUCUUCGUCUUCAUGGCUCAAGUUAUUAUCACCAUCAUCCAAGCCAUCGGCAUUCCAGGAUGGGGCGUCUGUGGCUGGUUAGGGACCAUUGCCUUCUUUGGCACCAGCAUCUUUGCCUCUAUCAUUAUGUUGAUUCCCACCAUCAUGUUUACGGCUGUCGCUGCGCUGUCCUUCAUCGCCCUCACUAAGGUUCAUAACUUCUACCGUGGCAGUGGUGGUAGCAUAAGCAAGGCUCAGGAGGAGUGGACCACAGGGGCCUGGAAAAACCCCCAUGUGCAGCAGGCCGCACAGCAAGCAGCACUCGGGGCUGCUCAGGGAGCCAUGCAGCAGCAGCAGUACUCCACACCCAACUACGACAAUCAGAUGUGAAGAAGUACUCAACUACAAAAGCAGGGGAAACUGGAAGAUUGUCAAAGUCAGAGCACAUGGCAUUUGCUUCCUCUCUGUGAAGUAGGCCAGCCCAGAGCUGUUUGGGAAUGUGUACUUCAUGGGAGAAACAAACCUAACUGUUUCCUGCUUAUUUAUAGUUUGACAUCUACACCAGUUAGUGAUAUUAAAUGUGUAUGUUUUUGUUAGUUGUAUAUUUGUAAUUCAAACAGAUUUCAGAGG